AUGGAGGACCGAACUAAACAGCCAGCAUGGUUUGUUCCCAGCACUUCUGGACCAUCGGCUCCAAAAUUGAAGUUAUAUAACUCUCUGACUCGCUCAAAGACUGAAUUUACUCCUAUGGUAUCCAACAAGAUCUCAUGGUACUCUUGUGGCCCUACAGUUUAUGAUGCGAGUCAUAUGGGCCAUGCUAGAAACUAUGUCACUAUUGACAUCAACCGUAGAAUCCUUAGCGAUUACUUUGGAUAUCACAUUUUUUUUGUGCAAAAUGUUACAGAUAUUGAUGAUAAGAUAAUUGUACGCGCUCGCCAAAGUUAUCUAUUCGAUGAAUAUGCGAAAAAUGUGGGUUCUAGCGUUACUGAUGAUGUUGUCGCUAAGGUCACCAAAUCAGCUGUUAAUUACGCAGAAAAGAACCUCCCUUUAUUUGAUGCCAGUUUAGCCUCUCAUUUCGCCUCACCUGAUACUAUAUCAAAGUAUAAGUCAGCCAUUAAUAUCCCAGAGGAGACUGCAAAAAAUCCUAAAUUUCCUAUGCAUUUAACUGCCGUUGAAACAGCUCAUAAUGCAAUUGUAAAUAGAGGCAGCUUGUCCGCCGAUAAGUUUCUUGAAGACUCCAAGAGUGUUCUUGUUAUCACAUUAGACCAAGAUGAGGGUGCAUCUGUAACCGACCCAGCUGUGUUCCGUGAACUUGCUGCCUUCUGGGAAAAUGAAUUUGACAAGGACAUGGCAUCUCUCAAUGUCCUUCCACCAUCUGUGACGACUAGGGUCUCAGAAUAUGUUCCAGAGAUUGUGGAUUUUAUCCAGAAAAUCAUACAAAAUAAGUUCGCCUAUUCAACCGCGGACGGUAGUGUGUACUUCGAUACUAUUGGGUUCGAAGCUGGUGGCCAUGAUUAUGCCAAAUUACAGCCUUGGAACAAGGGUCACCAGGAUCUUAUAGAUGAAGGAGAGGGAUCUUUGUCAACUAAAUUGGAAGGUAAGAAAUCAAAGAAUGAUUUUGCAUUGUGGAAAGCUAGUAAACCUGGUGAACCAUCUUGGGAGUCACCCUGGGGAUUUGGCCGCCCUGGCUGGCAUAUUGAGUGUUCAGUGAUGGCAUCUGCCAUUCUUGGGCCACAAAUUGAUGUUCACAGUGGUGGUAUCGACCUGGCAUUUCCACAUCAUGACAAUGAGCUUGCUCAGGCCGAGGCUUGUCAUGGAAAUCAACAAUGGGUAAACUAUUUCUUGCACACUGGCCACUUGCAUAUUGAAGGCCAGAAGAUGUCUAAAAGUUUAAAGAAUUUUAUUACUAUCCGAGAAGCUCUGGAAAGAUAUACACCUAGGCAACUGCGACUGUCUUUCGCUAUGCAGCAAUGGAACAACCAGUUCGAUUUCAAGAGUUCGUUAUUCGAAGUCAAGGCUUUUGAAAGCACUUUGACAAACUUCUUCAAUAACGUACGUGCCUUGGCUAGAGAUAUCCAGCAUGCAAGAGCUCCCAAGAAGGCUGAUGUAGCGGAAAUUUCUUUAUACGAAUCUCUCUCUCAAGCACAGACUUCUGUGCAUGAAGCCUUCUGUGACAACCUUUCAACUCCAAUUGCCCUUCAAGCUUUAAAUGAGCUUGUUCAAAAAGCAAAUGCAUAUAUCAAUGGUCAGAAGCCAGGCGAGCUUCGUAUUGAAGUCUUGAUCGAAGUGGCAACAUGGAUUACCAAGAUCUUGGAGAUUCUUGGGUUCAACGUAAGCACCGAUAGGCUUGGAUGGGGAAGUUCUAGACCCAGUAACGAGUCAGGUCAGACCAUUGAGGAUAUUGCUCUUCCUUAUGUUCAAAUACUGGCGAAAUUUAGAGACUUUGUUCGCGCCAAAGCUAUAGCCAGAGUUCCACAUGGUGAGUUCCUUGCAACUACAGACUCAUUAAGAGAUAAGGAGCUCCUCGAUCUUGGUGUGUUACUGGAUGAUAGAGCUGAUGGUCAACACGCUCUUAUAAAGUUCCUUGAUGAAGCCGAAAAAGAUGAAUUACUUCGUCAGCGAGAGGACAAGAUUCGUAAAGACCAAGAGAAGCAAGCAAAAAAGCUUGAGCAGGCACGUCUUGAAGCUGAGAGAUUGGCCGAAAGAUUAGAAAAAGCGAAAAUCUCUCCCCAGGAAAUGUUCAAAUCUUUACCUGAGUACACCAACUUUGAUGACAGUGGCCUACCCACGGCGGAUAAAGAGGGCAACCCGCUAACAAAAAGUCUGCUCAAGAAGCUCCAAAAGCAGCAAGCCGCUCAAAAGAAGCUUCAUGACGAAUAUAUAACUAGUCUUCAAAAGAAAUAA